AUGAAAGUGGGUAUUUAUUAUAAUUUUUAUAUGACAGUGACACCCUCUCUAUCGGAUCACAGGUAUAUACUGUUUAAGACUGAUGGAGAGAUUCCGGAUAAAUAUGCUCGGAAUCCUAGGCAUACUAGAUGGGGGUCCUUUAAGGCAGACAUUGACAGUAAGCUUGGAGCGGUCCCAUACAGACUUUGUAGGGGCUCUGACAUAGAAGCAGCUGUCGAGUCUCUGAGCAGGGACUUGACGGCUUCAUAUGAGGAAAACUACCCGUUACGCAAAAGUCAAGAAACACUUGAGAUUACACUAAAACCUAAAUCGCCACCUUUCGUACAAGUAGCAACAUGUAUAGACAAGCUUGUUGUAUGA